CCCACCCACACCCACACCCUUCAGUAUGUUGGUAUAGAAUCUCUAAGAUUUUGUCCUAGUACAGAAUCUCUAAUAAACCAAUGUUUUUCGAACACUGAACAAAGUAGCAACAUCAGUAAUUAUUCUUAAUGCCAAAGCAUCAAUGCCGCAAACUUGAUUAAACAUCGUUUUCGUAAAUAACGAAACUUUUAACCCAAAAAGUUUAGUAACAACAUAGAAAUACGCUUUUGUCACUGACAAAAUGAUGCAAAUAUAUAGACCCGAUUUUUUCUUUUCAAUGAUAGAUUAUUUAAGUUCAUUUCGUGUGUCACUUUUAAAUUAUAAGUUUUAUUACCAUGCAAUAAAAUUUUUUUUACGUAUAUUAGUAUUUAUUUUUGUUCAACGUUCAACAUUAGUCUUUUUUUUUCAAGCAUAGAUACAAUAGGCGUCAAUGCUCUUCUCACGUUUAUACUUAUUGUUAUUUUUUGUUCACUAUUAUGACAAAGAAAAGUUGUGAUCUUUUUAUCUUUGAACAUAUUAGUGCAAAAGAAUAAUCGUAAAAAAUGAACUCUAAGUUCUAUUUUCAUUAUUUGUUUGAUGAUAUUUUUAUUUCAAAAUCACAUUAUAAUGAGAAACUGUCUACAGUUUUAUUUUAUCUACCACAUAAAAGAAAUAUCUAAAAACAAAAUAGAAGAAUGUCACAAAGUACAGGGAAAUAUAGAGGGUAGAUAUGGCUAUAGCUGAGCAAAUGGAAUUUACACGCACACCCGUAUUGGGUUUAUCUCAGUGAUCACUAUUCAUGUAUAUUGGAAAUCUCUAAGUUUUGUUUACCUUUCUUAAUAUGUGUUUUCUCAUUCCAUAGUGUUAAAUAUUUAUUCAUCAUGUAUAAAUAAACUAGAGAAGUUCAUUUAACUUCUAACUAAGUAUAAUACAUGUCACAUCUACAUCCUUAAGGAAGCGGUAUAAAAUAGAAUAUUGUGACUAAUAGUUUUGUAACACAAUCAUCUUUUUCCUACAUUACUAAUGUCAAUAUUAUUUCAUUCAUGGUCUUUUUUUUCAUUCGUAAAUAAAUAAUUUUCCAUGUUUGUUAGAAUUUUUCUAUAGCAAAAUAACUAUAAAAUUUCCCAGUAUUCAUUUUUCCAAGGAAGUUUAUAAUAUGACACGUUGGAAUAAAUAUUUCGAAGAAAUUUUCAAGUAUUAAAUUCAUGAUAGAAAGAUCUAUGAACUUUUGUUUAUAGAUGAUCGAAAAUCUUUUAUUUCUCUUAGUUUUGCUUUAAUUAACUUUAUAUUUCAUGUUUAGUUGUUGCAAAAUUUCUUCAUCCGUAUGAAUAAAUAAUUCAUUUCUUUUCUUUUUUUCUUCCCAUUAUUCAUCAUGUUGGAUAUUUCUUAUAUAAUCUAUGUAUUUACAAACUAUGCAUAUAUAAAGACGUGUAUUUGUCGAAAGUGAACAGUGUACGUAUCACAAUUAACAAACAUACAUUAUUCUUUUUCAUUGAUCUAUUUUAGAUGGAUGUUAUCGUAUUAUUUGAUAAAGUUUUUUCAAAAUUAUAUUAAAAUGAAUAGAUGUGGUAACAAAAUUAAAUAUAUUUUUGUGAAUCUGAAAUGAAUCAAAUUAUAAAUUAAACCUCUUCUCGCAAUAGAAGACUUAUCUCUAUUCAUUAAUUGAUUUCUCUAUUUUGUAUCAUUACUUUUAUAAUAUAUGAUUUUCAUUUAGUUCGGAGUUUUCAAUGUUUGUUACUUGAUAUCCAUCAUGGUUGAUUCAAACGUUUAAUAUUUGUCUUGAAAAAUAAUUAUAUUGAUUGUUAUUACUUUUGACGUUAUUUUACCAUUGAAGAAAGAACAAAUAUUUCCAGGUGAAUAUGAUUCAUAUUUUGCCAUUGAAACAUGAUUAUUGUUUCGUUCUGUUACUUUCACUUUAAUUUGAAAGAGGAAAAGUCCAUAAUUGGAAUAAUACAAGUAAGUCGACGAAAACAGAAGUUGAUUUUGAACAAUAAUUGGAUAUUUCUUUUUUUUUGAUGAUUUUCGAAUAAUCCUAAUUUGAUUUUAUGAGAAAUAUGAAAAUGUUAUGAGUUUCAUUUGGCUCGUAUGAACAACCGAUUGUAACGCUAUAAAAUUCAACUGAUUAUUUACAAAAUUAUUCUAUUCGAUCUAUUUUAUGGUAUUGUUCGAUAAAAUUUACAUGUCAAUUAUUGAAUAGAAUUGGUUUAAUAUACAAGAUAAAUAUGAAAAUAUUUUUCAAUCAUGACCAUUAAUCACAUUAAUAAUGGAUAAAUUAAAAAAUUAUUAAGAAUUCAAUAUUAACUAAUCAUAAUAAUAGUUUGAAUAAAUUUAAUUUAUAUUUCAGAUAUCAUUAAUAAUUCUAAAUAGAAAAUCAGUGCAUUUAUUAUUAACUUCAAGUAUGGUACUCGAAAAUAAUUCUUCUGGUAUGUAUGUAUAUAUUAUGCUGCAUCAUAUUCAAAUUGAUCAUAUUCUAUAUGAUUUAUUUAUUUUCAUUUUUCAACAAAUGAUGAAGUUUCUUCAUGGAUAACUAUUGUUAUUUUUUAUUUAUUUAUUUAGAAACUAAUACGAACGGCAUUGAUAGUCGCCAGUUCCAUGCAACACCUGAUAGUAUUGAUUCACAAAAUUCUUCUCUUGAUUUAUCAAAAACCGGUAAAUUUUAUCGAUGUAAUGAUGUGUCUCGACCACCUGAUGUUUUAUAUGUCAACACUAAUAAUACUUCUGUUAACCAACCCAUGGCUCAAAAAACUUGGACAGAUCUACCUCCUGAACUUCUAUAUCAUAUUUUGGAUUGUGUCGAUAUUCAAACAAUAUUUUCGAUUCGUUUGAUCUUUAAAAAUUUUCGUCAAUUUAUUGAUAAUUACAAUAAAAUAAUUUUAAAUUAUGAUUCAGCAUUUUCAAACAAUUAUGAUGUCAUCCGUCGUGUUCUUCAACCUAAAAAUGUGUCGUCAUUAACUAUUGCUGAUAAUCUUUAUACAGUAAAAGAUCCAAAUAGAUCUAUUGAUAAAAUUUUCAAUAACAUUCGUCAAUUUACUCAACUUCGUUCAUUGAUACUUGAUAAUAUUGAUGAUAAUAAUAUGAAUUUUCUUUUACAGAACUUAGAUUCUAAGGUUUUGGUCACCCUUUCGAUCCGUGCAAAUGAAUGGAAAAAUAUAAAUAUAUGGUCUGUUAUAUCAUCAACUAUUAGGAAAUGGCCGAUUCGAAAGCUUGUUUUGGAAAACUUUCAAUUUACAUCGGUAAAUAUUGAGUGGCCUAUUAAUGAACAUCUUCAGUAUCUUUAUAUUGGUACUUGUGAAUUACGGCAAUAUCUUCAGAUUCUUAAUCAUUUAACUCAUUUAAAAAUAUUAAUAAUAGAAGAUUGGAUUUUGGAUUCGAUGGAUAAAACAAGUUCUCUAUCGUGUGAUUUCAAUAGAAAUACAGUUUUACAAUCAUUGACUGUUAAAGACUUUUCAUUAUCAAUGGAAGAAUUAGAAUUAUUUCUUUCGCCAACACCUUCAUUAACGCAUUUGAAAUUGAUAUCACAAAGAAAAAAACUUGAUUCUUUUCUAGACGCAUCAUCUCCAAAUAUCAAUAAUAUCCCUUCUCUCAAGUCACUUAUUAAACCAUUUCGCGAACGGUUUUGGCUUGAAGAGAAACACUGCUCUGUUUAUAUAGAUUUUAUAUUUCGUUCACAAACAUUGCGAAUCUACACAAAACCAGUGAAACUUAGUGAAGAAUAUAACAUUACCAACAACAGUGAUGUUGACGAAUAUCCAUAUUUUCAUAAUUUUUAUAAUUGGCAUAAUUUAAUUUAUCAAGAUGAUCCUUAUAGGCGAGAAUUAUGGCGCCAUUUGAUGACUGGUAACGCAUGUAUCAUAUCAGCAAAAGAUAAUAUUUCUUAUAUUGCUAAUCAAUCGGUCAUUCAAGUCGUCCAUCCGAAUUUUGAAGAGACACUUACUGAAGCAGAUUUUUCGAAUUGUCAAAUUCAAGAUGAUGAAGUACAAUAUAUUGUUCGUGCUAUAGAACACAAUAAGAAACUUGUUAAAUUGAUUUUGAGCAAAAAUGAAAUCGGAGAUAAAGGAGCCGAAGAACUUGCAAAUGCUUUGAAGCAUAAUACAACUCUCCAUGAAGUUGAUCUCAGUUAUAAUCAUAUUGGAGACGAUGGAGUUAAAAGUCUGACUCAACACUUACAACAUAAUACAACACUCAUCAAACUUGAUCUUCAUGAUAAUUCCAGUCAAUAUUGUUUUAUUGUUUCACAAGCAAUUAAAAUAAAAAAUGAAAAAGUAUAA